AUGAGUCAUAGAGUUCAAUUGCUUCUGGGAGCAUACCAUAUGACAUUUCCUUUGAAAAGUAUUGACAAAACGAUUGAGAUGAAAUCUGUUCCAUACGUAUGUUAUGGCAAUUGUUUAUACAUUGAGUCUAAAAUAGCUAAUGUCACAGGCAUUUCAGGAGUUAAUAGUAAAGGUUCAGUAGAAUAUAAAUCCUUCUGUUAUGCAGUCAAUUCAAUGUUCAUUCCAAACGUUCCUGUCAUAGCAACUCAUUUAGGUAAAUGGGUUCGCAUUAGUCCUCAUAAUUUGAAAGACAUGCAAUUCAGACUAGUUGACUUUCAAGGAGAGCCUGUAGAACUGAAGGCACCAGUGCGAAUGACUGUUGAAGUAGACUUUUUAGAAAAUAUUAAAUGCAACAGCUUACAAGAGAACUCAGAGCUAAAAAUAUAA